GGGAUUCCCUCGCCUGGGCAGGGGCGGAGGUGGCACUGCCUCCCUCACUUUGGUGGCCGCUCUGUGUAAUCUGACACUUGGAUCUCCAGGACGACCAACAACAGAAAAGCUGAGGCCGAGACAGCAGCUGGCUGUCACCAGCCAGGAGUUCCACACGCUCUGAGGAAGGCACCCAGCAGCGGGUCAGGAAAGAGGCAUUCGAGAAGGAAGGAAGAGGUGGUGGCUGGGCUGAGGACAGGCCCAGGAGGCUGCUGGGCUCCCCGGGAUCUGAGCUCCUAGGUGGGUGGGGACUCCCGUCACUGCUCAGCACGCCCGCCAGGCGCCUGCAGGAGCCCGGCACACCAUGGCAGUUGCCAGCUUCGUGCAGGAGAUGCGCUCCAUGGGUGAGAGGCUACUGCUCAAGCUACAGAGGCUACCCCAGGCCGAGCCCGUGGAGAUCGUGGCCUUCUCGGUCAUCCUCCUUUUCACAGCUACCGUGCUGCUGCUGCUGCUGACAGCCUGCUGCUGCUGCUGCUGCCCUGAGCGCAGAGGCAGGAAGGUCCAAGUGCGGCCCAUGACCCCACCAUGAGAGACGGAGAUGAGGACGAGACGCUGGAGAGGAGGCUGCCGAAGCCAUGAUCCCAGGUGCCACCUGGCUCUGUGGCCCACAGGCCACCAGACCGCGAUCCCGUGGCCCCAGCUCCGGC